AUGACUAAUUCGCCAGACUUCAGUAUUCCGAUUGAUAAUAAUUUAAAAUCGACUCCGAUAAGCCAUGAACGAUUUCAUCGUCUACGUCGUAUAGCUUUUUGGUCAUGUAUUAUUUCAGUUGUAUUUGAUAUUGCACUUGGUUUAACAGCAUUCGUAAAUUGUAUGCGUACAAGAUCGUUCGGUAGUUUUUCAUAUUCUGUUCAUGCAUUGAUGGAUUCCUUAUGUGAAAGUUUUGUAGCAUGGCAUUUAACAGCAAAAUCAAUUGAUGAUGUCAACCGUCGUGAUAGACUUGCUUGUUGUGUUAUAGGUGCAUUAUUUAUUGGAUCGUUUCUUGCUAUUGAAACACGUGCAAUACAAAGUAUGAUGUCACCACCUACUGUACGACCAGAUAUGACCGUAGUGAUAUAUUCUCUAAUAUAUAUUAUUGUAUUUACAAUAUUAUCAAUAAUAAAGAUGACAAUUAGUAAACAAAUAAAAUCAACAGCAUUGAAAUUUGAUACAAUUAAUUCUAUAAUUGGCAUUAUUAUGGUCUUGCCGCUUAUAGUUUGGGAUCGUGUCAUAUUUAUAAAUAAAUUUACACAUAUUGAUGAUCUUGUACAAGUAUUAAUGGUGCUAUUUUUAUUUGUUGCUGGAGGCAAAUUGAUAGUAGACUCAAUCACAAUAAUGAAUGCUGAUUAUGCACGUAAAUUACGGGAAAAAAAAUUACAAAAAAUGCUAAAAGAAAGCGAUGAUGACCCAUUGGAAAGAUUUAACAGUGGUAGUUAUACUGUUGGUACUUGA